GAUGAAUCAUUCCUUGUCCCACACUUGAAGUUAAAAGGUCAGAGUCAACAGUCAUUGUAAAUUAGUUGUGAAAACGUUCAGCAAGAAUUGUAAUUGGAGUUUAAAUUAUCUCUCUUUGAAAGAAAUCUUUCUGUUAAAUAAUUUCUAAAUAUUAAAAAUGGGUCUUAAUCUGGGAUACAUAAAAACGGUCGUAGCUAUUUUGAAGCUUGCUUCAAUUCUACUCUUAAUUAUUGCAUACGCUGUUGGAAUGAGUGCUUAUUUUGGAUCAGAGUAUAACAAGGGUUGCAUCGACCCUAAUGGGUCAGAUCCCCAACGUACCACAGUUGGAAGUAUUGUGACAUUUUCUUCAACAUCGUCCCCUCGUCCGAGCUCAUCUUCAGUAUUAUCCACCACGGAAGAAUUCAUCGUUUCUUUGGACCCUCAACCUUCGUCACCGGGCGACCCAGAAGAGAAAACCGGAUGUGACAAGGUCCCCAUUCUUUGGAUGGAACGUUUCCACUUGAUUGUCUCUGGCGUUCUUGUUUUAUUGUCUGCCAUCUUGCUCAUUCUUCAUCUGGUGAAAAAAGAUCUGUUAGAAAAUCCAAAGUUUACAGGAAUUGAUUUCGGCUACCAUUUCUUUGGCGCAAUUUGGCUCAUUGUCGCUGCACUUUUCAUGACUUAUAGUGCCACUAAAAUUGACAGCUUAGCAGAAGAGUUAUGCCACGAUCCGGAUAACUGUCAGUUAAUGAAGCAAAAGCUGACGGCUGCUGCUUUUGCGUUCCUCGCUGGAGUAAUGUUUCUCGCCAUUGGUGUGAGAAGUUACGGGAAAAAGUUCUAUCAAACCGUGUAACAUUAAAAUAAUUUACUUAUUUAUAUGGAGAAAGGGCAUGGUUUCCUGGUGAAAUGAUCUCACGCCUCAUUUUGUCUCAAUUCAGUUAUUACGAGUAUUAGUAUUACCAGUGAUUAUAUUUAUGCACAUGAUGGUAGAAACUCGUCCAGUCGUUUUCUCGCAGUUAUUUUGUACAUGAAAUUGUUCUCAAUUUCAAACACUACUAAAUAACCUUAUUAAGGUUAGUAGUCACCUAAACAAGUCGAUGACCAAUUAUAAUUAUGCAUGCCGGCUUUGUUGAUGUAAAUGUAAAAUUCUUGGCAUUCAAAUAAAUUAUUUUCCUCAACUUUUUACUUGAUUCUGACAUUCUUAGAUGAUUUCCAAUGCAAUGCAAAGGACUUUGAAAUGCUUGAUUUGAUUUAUCAAUAAAUAUGGAUGUAGUCCCGUC